AUGAAGAUCUUUUCAACUGACGUGCCGGGAGAUAAUGACCUUACAGCGAUCCAAACCAUAUGCAAUACCUUACAACGUGAGAGAAUCUCUAAAGUUGGAUAUCGAGGCACUGCUGCAGAUUGGCGUGAUCAAAGAAUCGAAGUGUCCUUGCUGAAGCCGGUUGUGGUCGUACGUAAGAAGGAUGGUACGAAUAGAGUGUGUGUUGACUAUCCGAAGCUUAAUCGCCUCACGGACUUCGACCCGACACCAGCCAAUACCACCGAGGAAAUAUUUGAGAAGAUGGCCCAUAAAAAAUAUCAAUUGGAGCAAUGGGUACUGGAAAAUUCCCGUUCUGGGGAAAGAUGUUCCUAA